AUGAAGGUGCACGCGAUCACGAUCGGCGCCGUCCUCGCCUCGAUGGCCUCGAUGGCCGACGCGCAGUUUGGCCUCAGCGCCUUCUUCGCGGCCAGCGCCAGCAACAACAACCUACCGCGCGUGCUCACGGGCACGCCAGCCAACCCGCUCACCAUCUCGCCCGAGCCGACGAGCAGCAACAAGACGGCCGCGCCGACCAAGAGCACCAACCUCUUCGACCUGCUCAAGAACAAGAACAAGGCCACACCGGCGCCGGACCACACGGUCGCCAACCUCGACUUGACGGAUGGCGUCGUCAUCAACGAAGACUCGUCGGGCCAGAUGACGCGCCGCCGCCUCGACAACAGCCAGGACCGCGACUACACGAUGCAGAUGCUCUUCUGCCAUGGCUCGUCCAACUCGAUCCAGUCGUACCACUCGUACCGGCCCGAAAGCACGACGACCCCCGUGUACAACCCGCUCCUUGCGUCCUCGGCGCAGGGCCAGUGCGGCAAGUACAUUGUCAAGUCGGAGACGCUUGCGACGCAGUCAUAUACGCCGGGCUGUGGCGGUCUUGCGAUCAACCCCAAGACGAAGGACACGAUCGUGGCCCGCACGGGCGGCCGCACGAUCGGUCGCCUCGUCAAGACCACGGACAGCAGCGGCACCUGCCAGAGCCGCGUCGUCGACUGGCUCGUCCGCUACCGUGGCAAGCGCUUCAACGGUCCGAGCGACACGACGUACACGUCGACGGGCAACCUCUACUUUACCGACUCGCCGUUCGGUCUUGCCUCGACCCAAAGCGAGCUCCUCUCGGCCAACAUCUCGAUGCUCGAUGCGAAGCGCGAGCUGCCCUUCAACGGCGUCUACCUCCGCCCUGCGAACGGCGCCGUCAAGCUCAUCGACUGCGGUCUCUCGCGUCCCAAGAGCAUCGCGUUUUCGCCGCGCGAAGACACGCUCUACGUCUCGAACGCCGACGUCAACGACCCAUUUGUCAAGUCGUACACGCUCGGCGCCGAUGGCACGCCUCUGUGCUCGCGCCGUUUCUUUGACCUGACGCCGUACGUCGCCGACGCCAAGGCCGCCGAGUGCGCGCGCACAUACCCGACGGGCCUCAAGGUCGACGAUCAGGGCUUUGUGUACAUUGCUAUGUGCCGCAACAUUUACAUUGCGUCGUCGAAUGGCACGUAUCUCGGCCGCCUCCAGGGCACGUCGGAGCUGCGCAACCUCGCCUUUAGCAAGGGCUACAUGUACCUCACGUCCAGCUCGAACGUCUACGCGCUGCCGCUCGACCUCUCGCUCCAAAACUCGCAGGCAGUCGUGUCGUCGGAGGCGACGUGCCCGUCGGAUGUCGCCGCAACGUCGGCGCAGACACUGCUCUCGGCCACAGUCACGCCGACCGAGACCACGUCGUCGCCGAGCUACGGCGUUGGCAUUGGUGCCGGUGUCGGUGUCGGCGCCGUCGCUGCCAUUGCCCUUCUCGUCUACACGCGCAAGCAGGCAGCGCCGGUGGCCGUGCAGACGACGCCCGAGUUUUCGCCCGUCACGACGCCCCGCAACAUCUUUUAA